AUGGAGGCGUCUCGCGGACCCCCUCGGGUCAAGAACAAGGCCGCCGCGCCCGUCCAGAUCUCCGCAGAGCAGCUACUGCGCGAGGCAGUUGACCGGCAGGAGGAGGGCCUACAAGCGCCGACACAACGAUUUGCCGAUCUGGAAGAGCUGCAUGAAUACCAGGGACGCAAGCGCAAGGACUUUGAAGACUAUGUGCGGCGCAACCGUAUUAACAUGAACAACUGGAUGCGCUAUGCGGCCUGGGAACUGGAACAGAAGGAAUUCCGCCGCGCGCGAUCAAUCUUUGAGCGUGCGCUGGACGUGGACUCGACCUCUGUUAUUCUGUGGAUUCGAUACAUCGAAGCUGAGAUGAAGACUCGGAAUAUCAAUCACGCUCGGAACUUGCUUGAUCGCGCUUACGUCUAUAUGGAGGAGACGCUCGGCAACAUUCCCGGCACGCGCCAGGUUUUUGAGCGCUGGAUGUCGUGGGAGCCGGAGGAGGGUGCGUGGGCGGCUUAUAUCAAGUUGGAGAAGCGGUACAAUGAGUUUGAUCGGGCUCGUCAGGUUUUCCAGCGGUUUACAAUUGUGCACCCAGAGCCGCGGAAUUGGAUCAAAUGGGCUCGUUUUGAGGAGGAGUGUGGAACUAGCGAUCUCGUCCGCGAUGUUUAUGGUGUCGCCAUCGAGACGCUGGGAGAUGAUUUCAUGGAUGAGAAGCUGUUUGUCGCGUACGCCAAGUUCGAGGCCAAGCUGAAGGAAUACGAGCGCGCCCGCGCUAUCUACAAGUUCGCCCUCGACCGAUUGCCGCGAUCCAAGUCAAUGGUCUUGCACAAGGCCUACACUACAUUUGAGAAGCAGUUUGGUGAUCGCGAAGGUGUGGAGGAUGUCAUCUUAUCCAAGCGCCGCGUACAAUAUGAAGAGCAAUUGAAGGAGAACCAACGAAACUACGAUAUUUGGUUCGACUUUGCCCGACUGGAAGAAACUGCCGGUGACCCAGAGCGAGUUCGAGAUAUUUACGAGCGAGCGAUUGCACAGAUCCCCCCCUCGCAAGAAAAACGACACUGGCGCCGGUACAUCUAUCUCUGGAUCUUCUACGCAGUCUGGGAAGAGAUGGAGGCGAAAGAUGCGGAACGAGCCCGACAGAUUUACCAGGAAUGCAUCAAGCUUAUUCCACACAAGAAGUUCACCUUUGCCAAGGUGUGGUUGAUGAAGGCGCAAUUUGAGAUCCGACAGAUGGAGCUAGGCGCGGCUCGGAAGACGCUGGGUCAGGCGAUCGGGAUGUGUCCCAAGGACAAGCUUUUCCGCGGAUAUAUCAAUCUGGAGCGACAGCUGUUUGAGUUCGUGCGGUGCCGGACAUUGUACGAGAAGCAGAUCGAAUGGAACUCGUCGAACAGCCAGUCAUGGAUUCAAUAUGCAGAGCUGGAGCGUGGUCUGGAUGAUUUGGAGCGCGCUCGGGCGCUAUACGAGCUGGGUAUUGAGCAAGCGACGCUUGACAUGCCGGAGCUGGUAUGGAAGUCCUACAUUGAUUGUGAAGAGGAGGAAGGUGAAUACGACCGAGUGCGUGCUCUAUCAACAUCCCCGACGACAGGAGAGGAGGAAGAAGAAGAAGAGGAGGAGCGACCGGUCAGCGAGGAAGCGAAGAUACGUGCACGGGCGGUAUUCGACCGGGCGCACAAGGUGUUCAAGGACAAGGAGCUCAAGGAAGAGCGCGUGGAACUACUCAAUGCCUGGCGGUCGUUCGAGAACACGCACGGAUCGCCGGAGGAUAUCGACAAGAUCGAGAAGCAGAUGCCUCGGCGGGUCAAGAAGCGUCGCAAGCUGGAGGACGACCGGUACGAGGAGUACAUGGACUACGUGUUCCCGGCGGACGACAAGUCGGCAGCGAAUCUGUCGAAGCUGCUCCAGCGGGCGCACGCGUGGAAGCAGCAGUCGUCAGCAUGA